AUGGCUACAACAAUCUCUCAGACAGGUCUACCCGCGGAGACUAAUCCGCCAAUUACGACACUACAUGAUCAGUCAGCCAGUCCCACGACCCUGGAUGUCGAAAAGCAAAGGACGGAUGAACCUAAGGAGGCGACGGCGAAGCAAUCAGCUUUCAAAAGCCUUGGCUGGUUAGAUCGUUUUCUGGCCGUUUGGAUCUUCCUUGCCAUGGCUAUUGGAAUCAUACUGGGGAAUUUUGUGGAAAAUACGGGACCCGCCCUUCAGAAGGGGAAAUUCGUUGGGGUUUCUAUUCCGAUCGCGAUCGGUCUCCUGGUUAUGAUGUAUCCUAUCCUUUGCAAAGUGCGAUACGAAGCUUUACACCACGUCUUCCGAGAGCGAGAGAUAUGGAUUCAGAUUGCGUUUAGUAUCUUUGUUAACUGGAUUAUUGCUCCCUUCUUGAUGCUGGGACUGGCAUGGGCUUUCCUACCGGACGAACCAGAACUUCGGGAGGGCUUGAUUCUCGUUGGAUUAGCUAGGUGUAUCGCUAUGGUUCUUAUCUGGACCGGUCUCGCUGGCGGUGACAGUGAAUACUGUGCUAUCCUUGUUGCAGUUAAUUCAAUGCUGCAGAUGGUGCUCUUCGCUCCCUUAGCGAUUUUCUUCAUCAAGGUUAUUGGUCACUCGGCCAGCCAAGUUACACUGUCUUAUUCUACGGCUGCCCAAAGUGUGGCAGUUUUCCUUGGUAUCCCUCUGGGUGCCGCAAUCAUUACCCGCAUGACCCUUCGGAAGAUCGCUGGCCCACGUUGGUACGACCAAGUUUUCCUGAAAUGGGCCGGGCCGUGGUCACUCCUUGGGCUUCUCUUCACAAUCCUUGUGUUGUUCGCAUCUCAGGGUCGCCAGGUGGUACAUCAGAUUGUAUCAGUAAUCCGAGUUGCCGCUCCGCUUAUCGUUUAUUUUAUUAUUGUCUUCUUCGUCACUCUUCUCGUGACUUACAAGCUCGGGUUUGGUUACAAGUUGGCUGCCACUCAAAGUUUCACCGCUGCUAGCAACAAUUUCGAGCUUGCUAUUGCUGUCGCUGUUGCGACGUUCGGUGCUAACAGCAAUCAAGCGCUUGCCUCCACCGUGGGUCCGUUGAUUGAGGUUCCGGUACUACUCGGCCUUGUCUAUGUUGUCAAGUUCAUAGCUGGGCGAGUUGGUUGGAAGGACUAA